CGCCAUGUUUUUGUCUUCCGCCCUCCGGCCCCGAGCGGCUGCCGUCACCGCCAGUUGGGGAAGAUCUAUAAGAAAUUUGCAUAAGACAGCUGUGCAAAAUGGAGCCGGAGGAGCCUUAUUUGUGCACAGAGAUACUCCUGAGAAUAACCCAGAUACUCCAUUUGAUUUUACACCAGAAAACUAUAAGAGGAUAGAGGCAAUUGUAAAAAACUACCCAGAAGGACAUAAAGCAGCAGCUGUGCUUCCCGUCUUGGACUUAGCACAAAGACAGAAUGGAUGGUUGCCUAUCUCCGCUAUGAACAAGGUUGCAGAAGUUUUGCAAGUACCUCCAAUGAGAGUAUAUGAAGUAGCAACUUUUUAUACAAUGUAUAAUCGAAAGCCAGUUGGAAAGUACCACAUUCAGGUCUGCACUACUACACCUUGUAUGCUUCGAGAUUCUGACAGCAUACUGGAGGCCAUUCAGAGAAAGCUCGGAAUAAAGGUUGGAGAGACUACACCUGACAAGCUCUUCACUCUUACAGAAGUGGAAUGUUUAGGUGCUUGUGUAAAUGCUCCAAUGGUUCAGAUAAAUGACAACUAUUAUGAGGAUCUGACACCUAAGGAUAUUGAAGAAAUUAUUGAUGACCUCAAGGCUGGCAACAUGCCAAAACCUGGGCCAAGGAGUGGACGCUCCUCUUGUGAACCAGCUGGUGGACUUACCUCUUUGACUGAACCACCCAAAGGACCUGGCUUUGGCCUACAAGCAGGCCUUUAAUUUACAUUCAGCUGUACAUAUGUCAUGUCACUAGACAAAUAAAGUAUGCCUUGCCUGUCUAC